AUGCAGAUCCAAGCACCCAAAAAUUUCGAACUAGAUGGCGACCAAUCCAUCUCCCUCAACAUCACGUUCGACGACAUCGUACACGGUGCAGAAAACGGCUGCACAUUCUACGCAACCCUUAAGGGCUCCAUGGAGCGAUACUCGGAGCCCUUUGACCACUCGGAGCCCAUCGAGGUCUCGUUGUGCUACGGCCCAGGAGAUACGCUCGAUGUGUGGUUCAAGAGGAUAUGUUCUUCAAAGGGCACUUGCGAUUCUCCAGCUAGGCUCCUGAAACUAGUCCAAGACGAGUCCACCAUGUGCCUCGUUCCCAAUCAUCAGCAUUAUAGAUAUGCGGCCCCGAGUUACUGUUGGGGAGGCGAUCGAGAGUGCAAACUCACCCAGGCGAGGCUGGCUGCGUAUCAGGCAUCUAUCACAGUUGUAAACCUACCCAAGUCAGUCCAAGCCGCCACUCAAGUUGCCCAAAGUCUAGACGGAAUAUCAUAUAUCUGGAUUGACUCUCUUUGUAUCAUCCAAGAUGACGACGAUGCCAAAGGAAGCCAGCUAGUCAAGAUGGGCGACAUCUAUCGCGGUGCCACAGUCAUAAUAUCUGCUGCCAGCGCUAGGAGUUGCUAUGAAGGAUUCCUCAAGUCCCGGGAAUGCCCCGAGAAAGCAAAACCUAUUUCCAAGGCAGCCUUCAUAUCAGAAACUGCAACGAGAGCAGAAGUGUAUCUCGUCCCACGCGCCGGCCGAGAAGGGAAUCUAGAUCCUAUUAACCACCGCGCAUGGACUCUUCAGGAGCACGUUCUCUCGCCGCGGAUUCUGUACCACACUUCACUACAACCUUGCUCGCUCUGCCGGUCUGAAAGAAAGUCGGACGGCGGCAUGCGAUUCCCACAGGCUCUGGAGUCGAGGAGGUAUGGCGAUGAGAUGGAUCUCUGGGCCAUCGACCUUGGUUGGAUGGCAGAACAGCCUCAACCUUGCCCGUCCCGCCGUGAAGGGCCAAGCUGGUCUUGGACUUCAAUUUCAGGCGCAGCCAACAAGGUAGAACGAGAGAUGGACACAAAGGACACAAUCGAGGUGGUAUCCUUCGAUGUCAAAUGGAAGAUACCAGGGGUCAGCAGCGGCGAGAUCCAGUCUGCCACUCUCCGGCCAAGGGCGUGGAUGAAACUCCAAAAGCUCCGUUUCGGCCCCGCCAGACGAAGAGUCCAGUUUGCCGAUUGA